UGGAGCAAGGCCUGGGAAUUGUGGAAAAGGAAGGAAGCAAGCAUGGCAGGGACUCUGACACAGGAGGAGGAGCAGGCUACUAACAGGUUCCUGCAGGAGAUGAAUUUGUGGACAAGCUGCCACUCCGUGUCGCCUCUCUCAUGGGACAUCGCUGUUAAAUUUCUGAUGGCGAGAAAGUUUGAUGUUGUGCGAGCAGUUGAACUCUUCCACUCAUACAGAGAAACCCGACACAGAGAAGGGAUAGUGCGGCUGAAUCCUUUACAAGAGCCAUUACUUUCUGAGUUGCUGAGUGGCAAGUUUACUGUGCUGAGUGUCAGAGCCCCAACUGGAGCCUCCAUUGCAAUCUUCACCGCUAAACUACACCAUCCAGCCCGCAGAAACAGCAGGCAAGCACAACACACUGUACUUCAAGCUCUCUUUUAUCUACUGGACAGAGCUGUGGAGAGUGUAGAUACACAGAGAAAUGGCCUGUUUUUUAUCUAUGACAUGGGUGGAAGUCAGUACAACAACUUUGAGUUGGAAUUAAGCAAGAAAAUCUUGAGCCUGCUGAGAGGUGCAUUCCCUGCUCGUCUGAAGAAGGUCCUUAUUGUGUCCCCUCCGGUCUGGUUCCGGGUCCCAUAUUCUGUCAUUAGCCUACUACUCAAGGAAAAGCUGAGAGAGAGGGUCCACAUGGUCAAUGCAAGUGAGCUUUUGGAGCACUUGCCUCCACAGUGCCUUCCAGAGUCUUUGGGGGGUCUCCUUCCUUGGGAUCCUGGCUCCUGGAACUGUCUACUUCUUCCAGGUCGAGCUGGAAAGCCAGAUCCCUUAGAUGAGUUAGUAAUGGUACUAGGAGGAGGCCCAUCUGGAAGUGUACAUAGGCCUGGAGCUAGGGGGAUGACUUUAGCACAGCUGAAGGAGUAUGUUGGCAGAGUUGGGAGGCGUGGAACAUAUGAGGAAUACGAGGAGAUGAGAAAGAAACAGCCAGAAGGAACAUUCACUGUGUCAUUGGCCCCAGUGAAUCGCGAUCGAAAUCGUUAUGGAGAUGUCUUAUGCUUGGACCAAACCCGUGUGAAACUGAAACGUCUGAAUUGGCAUGAGCGCUCUGAUUACAUAAAUGCCAGCUUUAUGGAUGGGUAUCUCCAGAAGAAUAUGUAUAUUGGAACCCAGGGUCCUCUUGAGAAAACAUUUUCAGAUUUUUGGCAGAUGAUUUGGGAGCAGAAUGUAUUGGUAAUUGUCAUGACAACCAGGUAAGUGAGCUUGACAAAAUGUAUAACAGACAGGUAUCACAAGUGAGGUUUGUUACAUGAAUCGUCUUGUCCUAUAAACUCCUAUGGACUCCUGCUUCUAUAUUCAUCAAUAUAAAACUUAUAUUUUUUAUUUGAUUAGUGAGACAAAAAUCUAUGAACACAAAUGGGAGUGACAUUUAGAGAGCCAGAAUAUCCCAAAACUACAAAAAUGUGAAGAUCUUAGAUGUAACAUGAAGUAAAGUGCGCACCUAUAAUGUUUAUUACCAAGAUAAAAGAUGGAAAGAAGAAAAAGAAGAGCAGAGAUACUGUGUGUGGAGUGUGAUGUGCACAGCUGGAGAAGCUAGGGAAACACACUAUCCUUUGGAAAGGCUUCUUUUACCCCAAUUCUUCCUUACCCUAUGUUUCUUCUAAGCUUCCCGAUCACCAUUUAAAACCACACUUUCUUUCAAGGGUUGAGGAAGGUGGCCAUAGAAAGUGUGGCCAGUACUGGCCUCUGUCCACUGGGUCUUUGUCAACAUAUGGAGCUGUUACUGUGACCAACAAAGCCACUGAGAAUUACCAGCACUACAGAAAGACCACCCUGGAGCUUAGCACUCGUCAGGGCAAGGACAAAAGGCUGAUCAGCCACUUACAAUUCCUUAGCUGGCCAGAUUUUGGGGUUCCCAGCUCUGCAUCUGCUCUAAUUAACUUUAGAGGUGCUGUGAAGAAGGAGCAACGAAGACUGGUUGAGGAGUUAGGAACCCAAUGGCGAGGCCCCCCAGGAGGACCACCCUUUGUGGUACACUGCAGCGCAGGCAUUGGCAGGACAGGCACCUUCUGUACCUUGGAUAUCUGCCUAUCCCAGCUGGAUGAUGUGGGCACUGUCAGCAUUCAGGAAACAGUGCAAAAAAUGCGCCAACAGAGAGCCUUUAGCAUCCAAACACCAGAGCAAUACUACUUCUGCUACACAUCUAUCCUGGAGUACACUACCAGCUGACAACACCUGCACUGUUAAAAUCUUUUGCCUUCAAGGACCAGUAAUUCACACCUGGAUGCUGCAAUAAUGUUUGUUUUAAAGGGUACUUUCACAUGAAUAAGGCAACUCCAAGAGGUUGAUAGCUAUGAUAUACUGCAGUUAAUGUGCAUAUGUAUCCCUAUACACCCAGCAGCCCAAAUGUAACAUAUUAAAUGUAGUCACAUAUUAAGUACCAAUUCAAAUACACUCAACAAAUCCAAACCAGUAGAUGCUAAAGGUGGCCAUACACACUACAAUUAAGAUCUUUCCCCUGACCAUUGGUUGUAGGAAAGAUAAUUCCUCCACUAUACUAACAUUAAGAGCAGAAUCAUCAGAUGUGCAGGUAAACACAAAGGAAUUCUACCCCUAUCUGACAAUUCAGCAUUAAUGUUAUGAUGUUUAGGCACCUUCAAAUGUGCCGAAUCAAAAUUUUCAGUUCUGCCCAAUCAACUAUGCAACCAAUAUCAAAGGCUUUUUCCAAUAUCGGCCGCCUCAUCUCCCACUAUUGUACGAAACUUUAUUUUGUCUUAUAAUAUUGGUGCGUGUAUCUUUGUGUGUACCUUUGUUCUUAUUCUACCAUAGAAGAUAACACAUUGCACACCAAAAACAUUAUACCCAACCCCACUCAGAAACUACAACCUACAGUCAACAGCCCAUACACACUAUAUAACUACUCUACACAAAUACAAACCAUGCAACAUGAUCUUUCAGUUACAAAUAUUGUGUCUCUAACAUAUUUUUACAUAGUUAUGCAACCAUGUAUUACAGAGAGCCAUCCUGCAGUAAACAUUCAGGUCAUAUACACACUCCAUACGUGUAAUAAGCACGCACAUACAAAAACACAGACAAGCAGCUAUCAUCCACCUCAGACACAACGAGCUGUUAUAGAUAGGAAAUGGCUGCCACCACAUAAUCUAUAGAAACUAAAGUCAAUAAGCUAUACUAUUGUUAUAUAAUCUGUCAUCAAACAUAUGUGUUUCCUCCAGCAACAUACCUAUUUUUCACACUGCUGGGCAAUGUAAAUGACCCAGGUAGACAAGUACAGAUGGACCAGGCUUAAAUGAAGCAAGAGGCACACACAACCACACUCUUUCUGUGCUGAAAAAAAUGGUGUGCUGUAUGCAUAGCAUUCACCAAAUAUAUUAGUGCCCAUUCUAUCUGUAUGUUUUUAACCUUUUCAGCACUUUAUCUAAAACGCAGCUGCAUAUAUUAGGAGCUAUAUGGUAUUGAUGGACUGUGCCAAAAAAGUUUGUUCUAUACAUUGAUAAACUGAGCUCUUUUAUUUUCUUCCAUAUAGAGUAUAACCUUGGUCAUUUAUUAUGUUUCUAAAUAUGCAGAGGAAGAGAGACAGAGAGUGUGUGAAAUAAGUAAACAGUAGGAGAGAUGGUGAUAAAGAAAGAGAAAUGAAAGAAUGUGCCAGUGAAACUUAAACUUGCCAGUUUCCUACAAAUGGCCUCCAUCUUCUUGGUAACCUACAUUCCUUCUUGUUAUUCUACAUGUAUAUAAAUGUACAGACAUAAUAUCAUCUGUGAAUAUUUUAUAUGAUUCUAUAUAAAGCUAUGCCAUAUGGCAUUAUUUUAACUGGGAAGGACCUGAACAGAGAAAAUCUUGAACUGUUUGACGCAGACCAAAAUGGAUUCUAUGGGCUUCAAUACAUUAAAGUGAAUUGAAACAAAA